CCGCGACGCGACGAGGAAUUCUACUGUCGCGAUGUCGUCUUCCAGGUGGAGGACAUCCUGUUCAAGGUCUCCCGCCGUCCUUUCGAAGAAGACUCGGAGGGGUUUGCGAGCAUGUUCGCCCUCCCGCCCACCGACCACCCGUCCGGUGUGGAAGGGACCUCUGAUGCCAAUCCUAUUCACCUCCCUGUCACGGAGGACGAGUUUCGAGCACUGUUGCACGUCAUAUUCCCCACAUCCUUCACAACGCGCGCCUUGACGAAGGACAACUGGAUGUCCGUCCUCAAGCUCGCGGACAUGUGGGGCUUCGACGACGUCCGCGACAAGGCGAUAGCUGAGCUCCGCCGGCUCAUCCCCGGCAGCGCCGAGCGCGUCCGCAUCGCGCGCCGUUUUGGCAUCGCGGGCUGGGUCGAGCCCGCGCUCAAGGAACUCGUGCAGCAAGACAUGCUGAGUGCGGGAGAUUUGGAGGCGCUCGGGUGGGACAUGGCCGCCCGCCUGAUACAGAUCCGCGAGAAUGUGCAGUUCAGCGGGAAUUGCACCUGCGGGUGCAACUACUGCUCUAUCGCGCAC